GAAGAGGAGGUGGCAAACCCCAGCACGUACAUGACAGAAGAGGAGGUGGCAAACCCAAGCACGUACAUGACAGAAGAGGAUCUCAGGAGGACAGAAGAGGAGGUGGCAAACCCAAGCACGUACAUGACAGAAGAGGAGGUGGCAAACCCCAGCACGUACAUGACGGAGGAGAAUCUCAGGAGGACAGAAGAGGAUCUGACAAACCCCUGCACGUACAUAAAAGAAGUACAAAUGAGACCGAGAUGGUGGAGGUGUACAGCGUGAAAGUGGACUGCACAGUGACGUCUCGAUUCGCCCACACCGUCACGACCUCCAGGGCUCUGAACAAGGCAAAGUCCUCCCAGGAGAUCUUCUUCGAAGUGCAGAUGCCCAAGACGGCCUUCAUCGUCAACUUCAGCAUGGAAAUUGAUGGUGAGGUGUAUGUUGGGGCGGUGAAGGAAAAAAAGAAAGCCAAGAAACAGUAUGAGAAGGCUGUUUCUUCUGGACAGACUGCUGGACUGGUCAAAGCCUCUGGAAGGAAGAUGGAGAAGUUUUCAGUGUCUGUCAACAUCGCAGCCGAAAGCAACGUGACUUUCAUUCUGACCUACGAGGAGCUCCUUCAGAGGAAACUGGGCCAGUAUGAGAUCCUGACUCGAGUUAAACCCAAACUACCGGUGCAGGAGUUUCAGAUUGUAACAAACAUCUACGAGCCUCAGGGCCUUGCUUAUGUGGAUGCCCAUGCAACCUUCCUUUCCAAUGAGCUGCUCCCCCUGGUGCAUAAAACUGUCACAGACACUAAGGCACGCAUCUCUUUCUCGCCAACCAUGGACGAGCAGAGGAAGUGUCCAAAUUGUGAAGGAACGCUCAUCGACGGAGAUUUUGUCAUCAAGUACGACGUGAAGCGAACAGAGAACCUCGGGAACGUUCAGAUUGCGAACGGAUACUUUGUGCACUUCUUUUCUCCCCAAGACUUGCAAAGAGUCCCAAAGAAUGUGGCUUUUGUGAUUGACAGGAGCGGAUCAAUGUGGGGAAUAAAAAUGCAACAGACACAUGAGGCAUUGUUGGCCAUCCUCAAAGACCUCAACGAAGAGGACCACUUUGCCCUCAUCCAGUUUGAUGAUACUAUCGACUCUUGGAGGGAAUCACUCUCCAAAGCAACCAAGGAAAACGUGGCUGAAGGCAUGGCUUACAUCAGAACGAUACAGCCAUCAGGAGUCACCGAUAUCAAUAGUGGAGUGUUGAGAGGCGUGCAUAUGCUGAUCAAAGACAGGCAGGAGGAGAAGCUUCCAGAGAGAAGCGUCGAUAUGAUUAUUUUACUGACUGAUGGGAUGCCAAACAUAGGAGUGACUUCCAUCCCGGCAAUCCAAGACAAUGUUAAAUCUGCUAUGGGAGGAAACAUGUCUCUGUUCUGUCUUGGAAUUGGAAAUGAUGUGGAUUACUCCUUUCUGGAUGUGAUGAGCCAGCAAAACAAGGGAGUGGCCCGCAGAAUCUUUGAGGGUUCAGAUGCAUCCCUUCAACUUCAGGGUUUCUAUGACGAGGUGGCCAGUCCUAUACUUUCAAAGGUGGAUCUGCGUUAUCCUGUCAACGUAGUGGACUCCCUGACCACCAACCACUACUCCGAGUUGUAUAACGGCUCAGAGAUCGUGGUGGCCGGUCGGAUGAUGGACAAUAACCUGGACAACUUUAUGGUGGAGGUGUUCGGCCAAGGGUCUGAGAUGGACUUCCUGGUGGAGGGCCAGGCCAGUGCUUUGGACUGGAAUGUGAUGUAUCCAAAUGAGGACUACAUAUUUGGGUAUUUCACAGAGCGUCUAUGGGCGUACCUCACCAUCCAGCAACUACUCCAGAAGAGCAAGACUGGAACCCCAGAAGAGAAAGCCAACGCCACAGCCAAGGCCUUGGAGAUGUCUCUGCGUUACAGCUUUGUCACCCCUCUCACCUCCAUGGUGGUCACCAAGCCUGACACUAAAGACGGACCGGACAGCCCUCUCAUCGCUGAUAAACUGACUGAGGCCCAAAGACAACAGUCAGAAAGAGUGGCACAUCACUAUGUACAGCCUUCGUAUUUAUCACAUCAUACACCCACAUAUUUAGUGGAUGGAGAUCCUCAUUUCAUGAUAGAGCUCCCGGACAGAGAAGAUGCCCUGUGUUUCAACCUCAACGAUAAACCGGGAACCAUUUUCAACCUGGUCAGAGAUCCAACUCAAGGUAUUUUCGUCAAUGGGCAAAUCCUCGGAGACAAGAAGAUUGCUCCUGAUGGUAAAAUGAACACUUACUUCUGCCGUUUUGGCAUCGAACACCGGAUUCUGGGGUUGAAGCUGGAGGUGAGCACUCAGGACAUCUCAGUGCUUCAGGACGGCAAAUGGGUCACAUUUCAGUGGUCCGAAACGGCUUCCGUCAAAGGACCCAACAUGGAUCUUCUCUUGACCAAGGAUCGCAGCCUAACAGUAACUCUCAGGAAUUCUGUCAAGUUCGUCAUCCUGCUGCACAAAGUUUGGUCAGAGCACCCGUACCACCGGGACUACUUGGGUUUCUACACCCUGGACAGCCACCUCCUGUCCUCCUCUGUUCACGGCCUGCUAGGUCAGUUCUACCAUGGGAUUGAAUACGAGGUGUCGGAUAUGCAUCCAGGGGAAGUCCAAGAGAAACCGGACGCCACCAUGUAUGUGAAAGGACGGGAGCUCAAUGUGACCAGAGGCUGGCAGAGAGACUUCAGGAGUGAUCUGAAGAUGGGAAAAAAUGUUCCCUGCUGGUUCGUUCACAGUAACGGAACCGGCCUCAUCGACGGAGAUGCAACCGACUACGUUGUUUCAGGCCUUUUUAAAACAUUUUAAAAACAGGUUAAGGCUUUAUGUCUACCAACGGAAACAAUUCACCUAAAUUCAUUCAAUAAAUAUAAAAAUCUGCCUGUACUUACAUGAAUGCUUGGACAUCUUUUACCUAUAAGGGCAAACUGGCUUCAUUCACAGUAUUGCAUGGUCAAAUUCACAGUGUCUUUGCUGGAAUUAUAAAAAAUGAUCAGUAACACUGUUGUUCCUAAAUAAUGAGAAGAAAUGAGAGUGAGCAGAAUCACAUGUACAAAAAUAAAUAAUAAAAGUUCUUUGAGAUGGACUCGG